UUGCUUUCUGUCUUGGCUGUCUUUUUUCCCUUUCCCCUUCACUUUCCGUUUCUUUUCCUGGGUUUUGCCCGGCGCGAGGCGGUCACGUGUAGGAAAAAUUACCCAAUCGGGCAAUUCCGACCAACAUGUUUCGGUGCUCUGUUCUUCACGGGCUACACGGGCUACAGGGACUAGACAAGCGGCCACUGGCCGUGCUGGGGCCGGCGGAGGGGGCCACCGACGUGGGUGUGGACAGCGCCGGAGGCGGCGACGCUGCCGAGCACAAAGGACGCGGUGUUGUGGACGUAGAAAAGGUCAAUGCGGGCGCCGGCAAGUGCCACGCCGACGACACCGACGUCGGCGGCCGCCAGGGCGGGCCGGCACAGCGUGGCCGCAGCACACUGGACAGGCACACACCCGUCCGGGUCGUCGGCCAGCCGGUGCAGCAGCUCGCGAGCCACGGUGCGGGCCACGUCGUGGCGGAUGAGAUGUUCGCCCUGGCCGGACGCAAGCGUGCACACGACGUCGCCCGUGGCGGAGUGCUCCUCGAGCCAGCAGCCGCUGCCGACGACGCCGGCGCUGCCCACGCGUGUCCAGUCCCGCAGCAGGUUGCCGCCGGACGACGAGCCGGCGGUCAUCAGUGUCCGGCGCCGCCCGGGCCCCGGCCACCGCUCCAACAGAAACACCCCCACCGUGUCCUGCACUCCGGACUCGUGGCCCUGGACCCGUGUGUGCAGCCCCGCCAUCGGCGCAGACACAAGCGUGUCGUCCCGCUCGAGCCGGCCCACCGUCACCACCGGCGCCACCACCCCGGCGUGCACGGGCUGCCGUCGCCGGCCCGCCACAACACCCACGGCGUCCGCCAGCGGGAACCGGGACGAGUUGCACACCACACACCCGAUGGCGUCCGUCGUGGUCCGCUGCCGGCCCUCCCCGUCCUCAACACCCAGGUGCACCACGCACGAGUCACACCGCACACUCCCGUCCGCACACACACACGACCCGUAGCCCGUGUUCGUCAGCUCCGACGCCUCCAGCACCCGCCCGAUCUCCGUGAACCGCUGCAGGUGGCCCUCCUCCGUCGCCUCCUUGUUGCUGAACUGCACCUUCCGCAACGCCUGCUUCACCAACCCCACAUACUCCGCCCGUCGUCCCGACACGUCGCCGCCGGCCCCCGUGUGCACCACGAUGAUCCGCUCCACCGUCGCCGUUCCAUUCAUUCCAUUCCAUUCCAUCCCGACCCGGACCACCUCCAACAUCCUCUGCCGUCUUAACCGGCUCCCUGGCCCCCCAGACUCCCUAA